CGUGACGUCGCCAUCUGCAUGUCACACUCACCCAUCGACCAGUUGUAGCUAAAAGGGGGAGGGGAUUUCCCAAAGUUGUAGGUCUAGUAUGAGCGUAACCAAGAACUAAACUCUACGGCCAACACGUCGAGACCUCAGCGAUCGAAAGGGACCACUUCCUUGACAGUUGUACAUUAGCUGUAGAAGGAUGACACUGGUGCAGCAGAAGCAGGGGCUGACAUUCGACUUCGCAAGCAACAACAUGGACCAUGAGGAGCAGUUCACCCCGGCAGUUAUUGUAGAACCCAUCGAGAGGCCAGCUGUUGAGAUAAAGGAAGAAGUGGAGUUUGUCUACAUAGACUCAGUUGUGGCGCAUGAGGAGGAAGUUGUGAGUGACACAGUUGAAGUGAGCGACAAGAAGGAUGCUGAAGCGAGUGUGAGUCAGGAGAAGGGGAGAGCCAUGAUGGCGGCACAGGCGCUGGUGGAGAUGGACUCCCCGACUACAGCAGAGGCCAAGCCCAUCGCUAAAAUGGAGCCCCCAAGCCCCACCGACAGUGGCGUGUCAGACAUGGAGACAAACUCCCACGAGGAAAACAAGGCAAGAUUGCAAGUCGUGCCUGUGUUUCCAUUAGCCAUGGGCGUCCCGUUCAUCCCACCGUGUGCCGCGGGGCCGCCGCAGGUCGCCAUGAGGCCGGACGUGUGCGUGGAGGUCCCCCCCGUCAUGCAGAGUGUUCAGGUCCAGACCAUGCCCACCCAGCUGGCCACGGCAGCGCUGCCUGUCACACCACCCAAGGCCAAGAAAGUCAAGAAACCCCGCAAACCCAAAACUCAGAGACCAAAGUCCCCCACCAGCAGCAGUGGCAGCGAUACAGGCAGCCCGGAGCACGGUGUGUCCUCCCCUCCCAUGAAGAGAAGACGAGAAGGUAACACCAUCUACCUGUGGGAGUUCCUGCUGGAGUUGUUACAGAACAAGGACACCUGUCCCAAGAUCAUCAAGUGGACGCAGAAGGAGAAGGGCAUCUUCAAGUUGGUGGACUCCAAAGCCGUGUCCAAACUGUGGGGUCAGCACAAAAACAAGCCUGACAUGAACUACGAAACCAUGGGGAGAGCUCUGAGGUACUAUUACCAGAGAGGGAUCCUUGCUAAGGUGGACGGCCAGCGUCUUGUCUACCAGUUCAAGGAGGUGCCAAAGAACAUUGUUGACGUGGAGGCCCUGGAGACAACGGUAGAGAACAUGGUCACCUCCGAGUGAACCCACCAGCACACAUGACCUUUCUCCUACACAGUCUACCCCCCUGGUCUGAGUGGAGCAGUCCUCCGUAGUAUAGAAUCUGGACUUGUGCUGGACUCUACCACUUGAUAAGUGGGUUCACAUAUAUUCCUUCAUGUAGAUAGGCUACUGUGGAGGUGUGUAUGAUUCCUUUGGGAUAACCUGGACAAUUUCUUAUCCUGUCUCUACCUCUGUUGUGACUAUAAGUGAACAGAGAAAGAUUUGUAUGAUUAUAAGUCGAUUAUGUACUGAAUUCAUUAGAAACAGUGAUUGUCAUGUUGCUUGUUAUUAAUUCUUUUGUGCCCAGUGGCUAUUAAGUAUUUCUUCUCCAUACCAUUUUCUUGAGUAACAAAACUGGGAAACCCAAAAUUGCUAUUAACUGAAAAAAAGUCUUUGAGCUACAAAUACACAUUGAUUUGUUUGUAAAUGUUGAUGCUCUUUGGAAAAUUAUGACAGGAUAAAAAUGGAACCAGUUUAUCCCACUAAAGAACAAGAUGAAACAUUCAAAGACUGUAAUGUUGACUGUAAAUAGAAACAUUCGAGUGGUGUAUUUUUGAAUAAUCUUGCCCAGAAUAUGAUACAGGAGAAGAAAGAAGAAAAAAAAACUUAUUUUUUGUGUUCUCACUAUUGUGAAGCUGGUUCCUUCCCACUUAAAAUACAUGUAAUACAAGGAAAUAGAUCAGAAAAGUAAGAUAAUGUAGAACAAUCAAUCAUGUAGACAGGCCUUAUAAGACAGAGAAAAAUAUUUAUUGUUCCACGUAGAGUUUUGAUGCUUAUUGUUGCCAGUACCUGUAUGUGUUGGACACCAAGUUGAAUGGUUCCUGAACUUGUGCAUUGAUAAGUCUGUGUAAAUACUGGCUAUUUUGUAAAUAUGAUGGGUGAUACCUCUGCUUCGAAAACUAGGAAACUUCUGGGAAUGAUGGAAAAGAAACACUGUAACCAAAUCAUAUUAAAAAAUUUGGAAAAUAUACACAACAAUCUAAAUGGAGAUAACGUUCACAAAGAACUGACGGAGAAAUUUAAACUGCAGUGUAUUGCCUUAUUUGGGCAUCCUUCCCAGAAUUCCUCUGAAGCAGUCACAGACUCGCACAUUCAGUAACAAGUCGGAUGUUCUUCAGUGAGAUAGGGAAAUCUCGUACUGUAUAAAGUAGAGCGAUUGUUUCCAACCUUUAUGAACUAAAUUAUCACAAUCGUCAGUUAACCCUCGUAUGGAUUUCUGUUGUUCUUCCAUGUUUUAUAUUAUUAGAUGUGUGUGUGUGGUCCAAAAGUUUUUAAAAAGUUUUUCCCUUUGAGGGUGCAGUGUGUGUAGUGAUGUUUUGUUGUUGCUGUUACUCACAUUAUGGUGUGUCUUGAUUCUGUAGGUAAAGAGACCUACAAGAAAUGAUAUUAACCAAUGUGUCAUCAUGUAGUGUAUGCAUUUAACAGCAAAAAGAGGAAUUUAAUGUAGGUAUGCCUUGAAAAUGAAGGGAUGCCUUUGACGAAAAAGUAAUGAAUAUAAUAACGAUGUACAGCUAGCUACCAUGUGCCACAAAUGCACAUAUCAACUCCAACUGUAAGUAAAAUGGCACAUUGACAGAAAUGUUAUUUCCAAACGAUACAUUGUCUAACCUUGUAGUUCAUUGAACUUAACAAAUGGACCAACUACACUCCUUUUCUUUUUUCUAGCUAGAAGAUUGUUUUAUCACACUUUUGAACUUGUGCACCAUACUUGUACGCAUAAAACAAGAAUAAUAUUCUGAGGGGAACGUAAUUUUGUGACGGGAAUGAUCGGAUACUUUUUCACUGUUCCUACAUGUAACAUUUACUAUUCUUCUCGACAGUUCGUCUCAUUUUUGCUGAAGAUAUUUCUGUGCUAACAGUAUUGUUAUACCAACAAACUCAGAUAAACUUGUAUUUUGACUUCAAUUCAUGAAGCAAUCUUUCAAUAGCAUCUUUUGUACAUUUUGUGAUGCAAAUCAUUCUUGGAAGAAAAGGAGAAAUACAAUCUAUAGUAUUUAUAGUUCAUCUUGCACCUUGGUCCAAUACAAGUCAGUUCAGCACAUGUUGACUUGGUUUAAUGUUCCAAGUAGCAACCACUUUUCAUCAGUAUGUAUCAAAUAGAAGUCUGUACAAAUAGUGACAUCAAUUCAAAAGGUAUAAGCAGAAAAAUACAGCAAUAGAUACUUAAAAGAUGUAAGUAAGAAAUUUAAUAUUUUUCCAUGUAAUGGACUUUCAUUUCACACGAAGUUUAAGAUAACCUAGACUUUGGAACUAUUUUGAGUGAAUUUUUGACUGUAGUUAAGAUAUUUGCAACCCUGCAUUGUACAUAUUGCUAUGGUAGAUAGAACCCUAUUUUCCUGCAUCUUGACUUAGUAUCCAGGUCUAAGAACAUGUGUUCUUUUGUUGUUGUUGUAAUGUUAAAUAAAGAACCACUUUGGUUUGGGAAAUGUU